CCCGGGGGGGCAGCGGGCGGCUGAGCUGGGCCGGGGGCGCUGCGGGGCCCGGCGGGAGCCGCGGAAGAGGAGGAGGAGGAGGAAGAGGAAGCGCGGCGGUAGCAGGGUCUCGACCCCCGGCAUGGCGGCCCCCGCGGCGCUGGGCGGCCCCGGCUCCCGGCCGGACCCAGUGGAGACGCUGCAGGAGGAGGCGAUUUGCGCCAUUUGCCUCGACUACUUCGCCGACCCGGUGUCCAUCGGCUGCGGCCACAAUUUCUGCCGCGGCUGCAUCUCCCGGCUAUGGGCCCGCGGCGGCCCCGAGCCCCCCACGGGCGGCUCCGAGGGCGGCUCCGAGCUGGAGGAGGACGAGGACGAGGACGAGCUGGAGGAAGAUGAGCUGGACGUGGAGCAGGAGGAGGAGGAGGACGUGGCCGGCGUGGACGAGGAGGAAGACGACGACAUGUGGGAGGAGGAGGAGGAGGAGGAGGAGGAGGAAGCCGAGCUCUGGGAAGACCCCGCGGAGGACGAAGAGGAGGAGGAGGAGGAAGAAGCCACGGCAUGGGCGGGGGGCGCGCAGGGGGGGCUUUACUUCGGGGACGAGGACUAUGACGAGGACGUGAUGGAGGAAGACGUGGAGGAGGAGGAGGAGGAGGAAGCGGAGGAGGAGGAAGAGGAGGACGAGGAGGAGCGGCCGCCUCCCCCCGCGUCCCCCCGGCGCCCCCCGGUUUUCACGUGCCCCCAGUGCCGCAAGACGUUCCUGCAGCGCAGCUUCCGCCCCAACCUGCAGCUCGCCAACAUGGUGCAGAUCAUCCGGCAGCUGCACCCGCGGCCCCAGCGCCCCGCGGGGCCCGGGCCCGGCCCCGCCCCGGCGCCCGGGGGCCCCCCCGAGCUGUGCGAGAAGCACCAGGAGCCGCUGAAGCUGUUCUGCGAGGUGGACGAGGCAGCGAUCUGCGUGGUGUGCCGGGAGGCCCGAGGGCACAAACACCACAGCGUGGUGCCCCUGGACGAGGUGGUGCAGGACUGCAAGAACAAGCUCCAGAGCCACCUGGAGCCGCUCCGGAAGCAGCUGGACGCGGUGCUGAAGCAGAAAUCCAGUGAGGAGGAGAAAAUCUCCGUGCUGAAGGAGCAGAUGCAGGUGGAGAUGCAGGAGCUGGAGGCGGAUUUCGAGGUGCUGCACCGGUUCCUGGCGGGGGAGCAGGUGCUGCUGCUGAGGCAGCUGCAGGAGCGCCACGAGGCGCUGCUGGCGCGGCAGCGGCGCAACCUGGGGGCCCUGGAGGAGCGGAGCUCGGCGCUGCGGCGCCUCAUCGGCGACGCCGAGGCUGCGGGCCGGCAGGACGGGCUGCAGCUGCUCAAGGACAUCAAAGGCACCUUCAUCAGGUGCGAGAACAUCAAAUUCCAGGAGCCCGAGAUGGUGCCCGUGGAUGUGGGGAAGAAGUUCCGGAAUUGUUUCCUGCAGGAUGUGGUGAUGAGAAAGAUGGAAAAGGUCUUCAGCAAAGUGCCCCAAGCCGACGUGACCCUGGACCCCUCCACCGCCCACCCUCGGCUCAGCCUGUCCCUGGACCGGCGCAGCGUCCGUCUGUCCGAGCGGCGCCAGGAGCCCGCGGGCAGCGCCCGACGCUCGGACGGCGACCUGUGCGUGCUGGGAGCGCCGGGAUUCAGCGCCGGCCGCCACUACUGGGAGGUGGAGGUGGGCGGGCGACGGGGCUGGGCCGUGGGGGCCGCCCGCGAGACCACCCGGCACCGGCACAAGGGAGCGUCCGGCGGCUCCUCGGCGGCGCCCAAGCGCGAGAUCUGGGCCGUGGGCACCAGCGGGAAGAAGUACCAGGCGCUGACGGCCACCGAGCAGACGGCGCUGGCGCCCGGGGAGCAGCCGAGGCGUUUCGGGGUCUACCUGGACUACGAGAGGGGCCAGCUGUGCUUCUACAACGCCGAGAGCAUGAGCCACAUCCACACCUUCCACAUCUGCUGCCGCGAGCGCGUCUUCCCCUUCUUCCGCAUCCUGGCCAAGGGCACCCGCAUCAAGAUCUGCACCUGACGGGGCCUCCCUGGGAGGUUCCUCCUCCUCCUCCUCCUCCUCCUCCUCCUCCUCCUCUUCCUCUUCCUCCUCCUGCUGCGCCACGCGGAGCUGGGUCAGCUCAGGAUGGGGGAGGCCCCUCGGGAGUGGGGUUGGGAUGGGGCAGGAUCCACCUGGGAACCGGGUUUGGGUUGGGAUGGGCGGAGCUCACGUUGGAACUGAGUUUGGUGUUGGGAUGGGGCAGGGUCUGCCCAUCUUCGAACCGGUUUUGGGUUGAAUGGAGCAGGGUCUGCCCCUUUGGAACCGGUUUUGGGUUCAAUGGAGCAGGGUCUGCCCCUUUGGAACCGGUUUUGGGUUCAAUGGAGCAGGGUCUGCCCCUUUGGAACCGGUUUUGGGUUCAAACGGGGCAGGAUCCACCCCUCUGGAGGUGACUUUGGUUUGGGAUUGGGAUUGAUUCCCUCUAGAUCUGGUUCCUGUUCAGUUCCUGGUGCUGGGAGCUGCUCCCUCCCUCUCUCCCAGUCGUGUCCCAGUUGAAUUUUGGGCCCUUCCCAGAUCCCCCGGGAGUUUUUCUGCGUUUGGGGCCAAAUCCUCUGAGAUUUGAAACUCCCUCCUUUCCCAGAAUCCGCAUUUCUCAGUGCCUGGAUUUUUUGGGAUUCACCCGAGCCCGCCCCCCUCCCAGCCCUGAUGUUCCCCUGCUGUUCUGCUCCUCCCCUCCCUUUCCUUGCCAUUUUUGGGGGAAAAUCCUGGAUUUUCCUCUCCCCUCUGGCACUUUACGGGGCCGGGAGGAGCCGCUUCCCCCCCGCAGCUCUGGAGCUCCCCGAGUUGGGGAUAUUUAUUUUUUCCCCUUUUUUAUUUCCAGCCGGAUCCUGUCCCACUCGGGAGCUCCCCCCUGCCCCUCCCCUUUCACGUUUCUCUGGAUUUUUGGUGGAUUUGGGAAUUUCCUGUUGGUGUUACAGAGCUCAUUCGGGAUAUUUUUGGCUAAAAAUGAGAAUUAAAAUGGAGAUUUAGUUUUAUGACAUGUCAAUAAUAAAAGAAUAAAGAAGUUGUAUCCGAGGCUCCAGGUCACAGGACCCUGGGAAGA